GGUCUGCAGUAUAUUAGACACACUCACACACGCAAACACACACCACACGCAAUCUGCUUCUCCGUCUGAACAGAGGAACGCCUGUGAAAACCGUGAAGAUGGGAAAAAUUAACGGAUGCCUCAAAUGUCUCUUCAUCUUCUUCAACGUCAUAUUUGCAAUUUUGGGAUGUGUGCUGAUCUAUAGUGCGGUGAAGAUGACAGCCUACAGCAACCAGCUGUCAGCAGUUGGGAGUCCUAGCUCCGUUUGGAUGUGGUUGUUUGCCAUUGGUGUCUUUGGAAUCUCCUGCCUGGGAAUCUUUGCUGCCUGCUCUGAGAAAGCCUUGGCCCUGAAGAUAUUUGCCGGAUUCAUGGUGGUUGGGAUGAUCGUCAUGCUGAUCUUUGGAAUUAUCUGUGUCGUUAUGAGAAACAAGAUCAGAGACGUAUUUACCAGCAGCUCUGCUGAAUUGUUCCAGCCUUACCUUAAGGAACCAGAGAUCAGACAUCUAUUGGAUGAAUUUCAGCUAAAUGCACAAUGCUGUGGAUUGACCGGCGUCUCCGACUGGGGUGAGGAUAUUCCAGACUCCUGUCAGUGUCGGUCCUCCCUCUAUGAAUACGGCCGAUGUAUUGACAGACCUGAUGGAACCACAGGCCCAGACAGGAUCAUUAACCAGCCCUGCGGCAAAUACAUCUUAGAUAUCACAGAUCUGGUCUUCAACGUUACCAUUGGCCUUUUCUUCGGAUUUGCUGUUACUGCACUUCUGGGUCUCCUGGUUUCCCUGUUGAUGAUCCAUCAGGUCAAACGUCACGACCACCCAGGAGCAGCUUCCAUCGCCAUGAAGGGCUACUGAGAGACGAUGACCUCCUCUCACGUCUGAGGACCUUUAACCUCUGCACUGUAUUUAGACGAAAAACCAAUGUGUGGUCAGUUUAUGUCGUUUGAAGUCACUCUAUUUGUCUGUUUGCCUUUUUUUUCAAAGAAGGAUAUAAAGGAGAUCAAAGAAAGAACGUUUAAGAUGAAAGAGAAGAAAUAUCAGGUGAAUACCAACAUUUAUACUUUCUACUUUAUUUUUAUGAUAUGUGAAUGUAGGCAGUGUUGUUACGGUCCUCUAUAUAAACAAAGUAAAAACAUAUUUUUUUAACUGAACACCCUAAUCUGUAGAUUUAGGAAAUUUUAUGUACAUUUUCUUUUCAUCCUUGAAUGAAUUCCCACUUGUUUUGAACAUUUUAGCGAUAAAUCUUUCCCAGUCCAGUCAAUAAACACAAUUGACACAAAAUAA